AUGAAGCAAACUUCGUGCGGCACACCUCUGUGCUCCGGCAUGGUUCAGGUGACCCGCUUUUUGGUGCUUGCUUGGUGGGUCUGGCCGCUUGGAUGGCUCUCCGGGCAUUCCGGUGUCCAAGCAUACAAGCUGUCCGAGUCGCCCAUCAAUAUCACCAACUCGCAAGAUCCGACCGUGGCUCAGAAGGUGGAGCGAUUGUUGGAGAAGAAUUUGCUGCAUGAUGCAGGUGAAGCGAACUCAAUGCCCGAGCCAAAUGAGGGCAAUGGCACCAACAGUUCCUUCGGCGAUCUGGCCCGCAAUUUGGAGUUCCUGCUGCUCAAGGUGGCACAGUUGGAGACAGUGGUGCAAUUGCAACAAGCCGAGCUCACGGCCGCGCAUACCGAAAUCGAUGCCUUGAAAGAGCAUGUUGGCUUGGACGUCCAGCACGUCGCAAUGGCACAGAGGAAGUCGCGGGAUCCCCACGCAGCAUCGGAGGUCUUGAGCAAAGUCCUGGAGAAGCAUCACCACCAGCGCGAGACGCGCAACUACGACCCCGAUGCCCACAAGGACCUUGAGGCCGAGGAUCACUCCGAGCCUCCGGCGGCAGGGGCUGCGGCUGAAGGCGCUGCAGAGGCAUUGCUGCAACGUCAGAAGCAGGCGAAGAGCUCGAGGAAGGAAGCGGAAGCUUCAGAGAAGUCCUUGGAUGAGAGCGUUUCCAGCAAGUGGAUCGAGGACGUGUAUUCGUCCACGGUCGGCCAGGCGGUCGAGCAAGUGUCUGGCACAGGACUGACUCCUGCUGCUUUGGAAGAUGCAUUCAACCAGGUCAAGGAACAGGGGAAUCUCAAAGCAGUUCAGUUUAUUCAGAACACGGUGAUCGACACCAUCGAAAAGGCGACUGUCAUUCUCACUUCCUUCAGAGGCUUCACGUUUACGCAGAACUGCCAUGCCUACGCACCAAGCUUCAGCUACCAUCCCAACGGUGCCAAAUUGGUCAUCAACUGGGGCAGGCUGGAUUGCACGGUAACGCUCGUUGGCAGAAUGAUCAGGCUCUUCAACACCAACUGGCCGGCAGCAAGCGUCCCCUUGCCGAAUCCGUUGGACCACUUGCCGGGUCAGAUCCGGAAGGUUGCUGGGGCAAGUCAGGAGAUGGUCGACAGGCUCGUGGACAUGUCUUUUGAUUUGUUGAACACCGCCCACUGCAACAGAGGCGACACCUUCCACUGCAUGGCCAAACGUGUCGCAAGUUACGUCAUGCAGUUCGAGCCCCCGUUGAACUGGCUUCCAGAACCAAUAAAGCGCGUUGCCGCUCAUACCCAGGAGGCGGUCGACAGGUUGUUCCAGAUGAUACACGUCCUGCUGAACACCGCCCACUGCAACAGAGCCGACAGCUUCCACUGCAUGGCCAAGCUUGUGGCAAACCACGUCAUGGGCUUCGCACCGCCCAUGAACUUCUUGCCUCAUCAACUUCAUACGGUUGUCAAUGCAGGCCAGGAGGGUGUCGACAGAGUUUUCGCGAUGAUCCGUGAUCUCCUGAACACCCCGCACUGCGACAGAGGCAACAUUUUCCAUUGCAUGGCCAAAAAAGUGGCAAACUACGUAAUGGAGUUUGCGCCGCCAUUGAAUUGGCUGCCUCAACAACUUCAUACGGUUGUCAAUGCAGGCCAGGAGGGUGUCGACAGAGUUUUCGCGAUGAUCCGUGACCUUCUGAACACAGCUCAUUGCAACAGAGGUGACACGUUCCACUGCAUGGCCAAGCUUGUGGCAAACCACGUCAUGGCCUUCGCACCGCCCAUAAACUUCAUGCCCAGUCCGGUUGGCGUUCUUGCAGGCUCGAAUGUCAACUCCGUGAAGAGCUUGCUGGCCAUGGGGGACGACCUGAUGCAUUGCCAAAACUUCGAGUCCGGCCAUGAAGUCAUGAAAUGCCUAGGCUUCAAGAUCAUCGAGCGGGUACCUCCUCUGAGCUACUUGAACCAGCUAGGUGACGUGAUCGGUGGGUAUCUCGAGACCUUCGCCGAGGCGGCCACUUCCGUGGCCAUGAAGGCUCUACGGGGAGGCACUUCCCUUAUCGAGAAGGCCAGUGUGUCCCAAUUCCCACCCGUCGGAAAGAUGCCCGUGCGGCACCAGCAGGGGAAUCUGGUCGUGGAGGUGCACUCGCAAGAAAUGCACCCCUCGCUGUUGCAGCUCUUGUCGGGGCAGGGGCAGCAAGUAGUGCCAAUGCCGAAAUUUGAGCCUGGCGAUGAACACGUUGCCAGUUUGAUCACCCAGUUCAAUGGGAGGGAGGCUGAUUCGGGCUCUUGCCUGGCUUUUGCUCCCCGAACCAAGAACGGGGCCAAUGUUGGCAACCACCAGGAGGCGACGAAAGACGACUGGACGUCGGCAAAGAAGGAGGACUUCGUCCAGCUGGAGCCAUGGGCGGUGCCCUGCGACAACACCUGGAUGAAGGAGAACUGGAACAAGUGGCAGGGGUACUCCUUCUACACGAGCGAGCUCGCCGUCGAGAAGUGCGUGACAGUGAAGUUCGCCUUGAACAUCCAGCCUGUAGUGUCCGUCAUCUUGGGCUUGACCUUCGAGCUUCUACCGAAAGAACUCUUCGAGGUGAUCACCACGGUGUGUUGGCCGAACCAGAUGCCUGGUGGCCUCGACUUGUCCGUGCUUCGUUCGGAGAUCAAAACCGCCGGCCACCUGCUCUUCAGCCGGACCCUAAGGCUCGCGAAGCGGUUCGGCGAUGAUACAGACUUCUCCAAGAAGAACCUGGGCACCGGAUACCAAACCUGGAGAUCCCCGCUUGGUAUCGCCAAAGGGGAGAGCAGGACUGCGAUGGAAGGUAUGUCGCUGGUGGACAGCAACCGCAGUGCCCAAAGUCAAGCAGAAGGCGGUGCAAAGGAAAAGACGGAGUCCUUUUACUGGAGGACCGAGCCCGAGGAAGUCUACCUGUCUUCCAUCGACUAUGGUGACUCCAUGGAGCCCAACCGGACCUGGGAGGUGCGAGGAGAGGACGCGAUGCUUCGAUUGAGCGAAGUGCAGGAGGCUCGCAAGCAGGACCGGGAGGAAGUCAUCGAGCUCUUCAACUUAAAGGCAGAUUCGGGAAAGUCGAACUUCCACAUCCAAGGCCUUCUCGACGGCAACGUCGUGGAGAUGGGUGUCCAGAUGGGUUUCGGACCCUUCCAGAGCCCAAGUCGGCGAGUUCCUUUGGCUGACAUCGGAGUGCAGUUUGCUGUCGUCCUCACCGCAAUCCCUUGGAUCUCUGUCGAAACGAAGAAGACGGCCAUCGCAGCCUUGAAGGACUUCUGGCCAGGCCACGAGGAGAUUGUGGGGCCCGAGCCGGCUGCCAAGUCCUCCAUGGUGGCCUGGUUCAAGAGCGAGGAUGCCGACUCUGCCUGGAAAAGCGCCGUGGGCAGCUGGCAGGCUCAUGUGACGGGCAGCGUCACCAGAAAGGUCGAGGCCGGACACGGCGCCACAUAUCCUGUUGCCUACCUCACCGGCGACACCAACGCCGGAAUAGACUUCGGCCAGAUCAUGAAGCCGGACUUCACCAUUUGCUCGGUCACCCGCUAUAUCGGAGGGGUAAACCAGCGAAUCCUCACUCACAACCAGCCCAACUGGCUUCAUGGUCACUGGGCCGGAGCUGUGGGGGUUGCACACUACAACCACUGGGUGACCAGUCCUCACCGUACACCGUGGAAGAGUCCGGGCUUGACUGGCUGGCUGGUGAUGUGUGGCAACAGCGCCGGGGUUGUCUUCAGGGGCAAGGAGAGGAGGAAUGACGGAGAGACCGCGGCACUCAAGUCAUCUGGAGAUGCCCACUUGUACAUCAACCUGCAUUCCGGGGAGAAAUCGGACUUUGGCGUCAUGGAGGUCAUCGUUUGGAACCGAGCGCUCUCGGAAGAGGAGAUGUGGACCAGCAUGGAGUAUCUGAGCUCCAAGCUCGGACCCCUUCCACCGCAGCCGGCUGACAAGUCCUCCAUGGUGGCCUGGUUCAAGAGCGAGGACGUCAGCUCAGCGUGGAAAAGUGCCGUGGGCAGCUGGCAGGGUCAUUCGACCAGGGGCAGUGUCACCAGAAAGGUCGUGGCAGGCCACGGUGCCAGAUUUCCUGUUGCGUACCUCGCCGGGGGGGUCCACGACGGUUAUGACUUCGGCCAGAUCAUGAAGCAGGACUUCACCAUUUGCUCGGUCACCCGCUAUAUCGAAGGAGGACAACAAAAGCGAAUCCUCCAGCACAACCAGCCCAACUGGCUGCAUGGCCACUGGGCUGGAAAAGUGGGGGUUACGUAUUACAACACCUGGGUGAACGAGGAGGGGCAGCUUACGGGCUUGACCGAUUGGCUGGUGCUGUGCGGCAACAGCGCAGGGGUUGUCUUCAGGGGCAAGGAGAGGAGGAAUAUUGCGCAGCGCGCGCCGGUGAUGUCAGACCCAGAUGCCCACUUGUACAUCAACGACGGGCACUUCACGGAGUCUUCGGACUUUGGUGUCAUGGAGGUCAUCGUCUGGAACCGGGCGCUUUCGGACGAGGAGAUGUGGACCAGCAUGGAGUACCUGAACUGGAAGCUCUCUAAAGCGGAGUGA